AAAUCAUCAGCAAGCAUCAAAUAUGCUCUUGUAUUUUCUUCAUACAGUAGGCUACCGUUCAAAAGUUUGGCAAAGAUCUCAUAUCAGUGCAGGACUCGGGUUUGUGUGCUUCGCUCUCUGAAGAGAACAUCAUGAUCGCGACGUUAACUGGGCACGUUCUUUUUUUUGUUGGACUUGUGAUUAUUGGUGUUUCUGGAAACUUAUUUAACCUCGUUUUCACUAUACAACAGCAAGUGAAGACCAGGACCAUUCAAACUGUGGGUUUGAUCCUAAACGUCAUCUCCAUCAGCAACAUUAUCUUGGUACUCGCCACCUUCUCAUUGGUGAUGGGUGUUUUUCAGGAUCCCCAAAUUUGGUGCAUCAAACCAUAUCCUUUAUCAAUCCGGACUGAAGGUUUUCUAAUGAUGACUUGCAGUUUCAACAGCUUCUGGGCCAUUGCAUGGCUGAGUCUCUUCUACUGCAUCAAAGUCGUGAGUUUUUCCUCCGAGUGCUUCCAGACAGUGAAGAGGAACAUCUCUUCUGUGAUCAACGCUGCAGUGCUGCUGAGCUGUUCUUUCUCCUUCCUGUUUUUCUUACCUGCAUUCUCUCUUGACCUUGUAAGUUCAUUGGAUCAAAAUGACAACGUGACUGACACCGCUAACAUAACCUGUCCGCAGCCCUCUUUCACUAUAGAUAUUAACUUUAAUGCAUACGGAGCGGCUGCCUUUUGUCUCCUCUGCCCGAUCCCUCUGAUGAUCAUGCUGCCGACCUCUGUCCGAAUGGUCGUCCAUCUGUGCGCCCACACAAUGGCACUUCAGAAGAACAAGACCCAGGUGCAAGGAUCUGACUCGUACCUCCUGGUGUGCAAAAUCACCAUCUCCCUGGUUGGAGUUUAUCUGACCACUCUAUUUAUUGUGUCUUUGUUCAUCAUUAUAAGGUUAAUCGGGCAAUUUAUCACCUACCACACUCUAGCCAGUGCCUUUAGUUUUUACAGUGGCAUGACUUCUUUACUUUUGACAGCUUCAAACAGGCAUCUAAAAGACACACUCUGGAGUCUGUUGUGUUGCAGGAAGGCACAGGAACAAUCUAGCAAAAGCCAGACAGUUGAGACAGGGGAUGUUUGAUAUGAUAAGGACUGUUUACCAGGUGACUAAUAGGCUUGAUUUAUAGGCAACUAGCAUUGUACUAUUUUUCUGAUUUAGAUGAAGUCGCUUCGGAUAAAAGCAUGUUAAUUUGCGUCAACACCAACGCACAAUAUUCUAUUUAUUAUAAGCAGGCACUGCUGUUUUAUCAUCUGCCGCUUUAAAUGCUCAACCUCUUUAAAGCUA